AUGACGAAACUAAUCGCUCCUUCAGAAAUCGUGGGCGGAGUGCCCGUCUUCAAACCCACAUACGAGCAAUUCGAAGAUUUCUAUGCAUACUGCAAGGCCAUAAACAAAUAUGGCAUGAAAAGUGGUGUUGUGAAAGUAAUCCCACCUAAAGAAUGGAAAGACAAAUUAGAUCUGCCUUAUUCUGCGGAAACGCUCCAAAAGAUCAAGAUUAAAUCACCUAUUCAGCAGCAUAUUUCUGGUAAUAAAGGUCUUUUUAUGGUGCAGAACGUGGAGAAAAACAAGACCUAUAACAUUAUACAGUGGAAAGAUCUUUCUAAGGACUAUGUGCCUCCGGAGGAUCCUAAAGCAAGACGUAAUUCUAGGAAAGGCUCCGUUUCCAAAUCCACGAAGUUGAAACUGAAAAAUUUUGAAUCGUCUUUUAAUAUUGAUGAUUUUGAACAGUUCAGGACGGAGUAUACAAUAGAUUUAUCUGACUUCCAAAAUACGGAGAGAUUAAAGUUCUUGGAAGAGUAUUAUUGGAAAACGCUAAAUUUUACUACGCCUAUGUACGGCGCAGAUACACCAGGAUCAAUCUUUCCUGAAGGGCUGAACGUUUGGAAUGUUGCCAAACUACCGAACAUCUUGGACCAUAUGGAAACAAAGGUUCCUGGGGUGAAUGACUCCUAUCUAUACGCUGGUCUAUGGAAGGCUUCUUUUUCUUGGCACUUGGAAGAUCAGGACCUGUAUUCCAUAAAUUAUAUUCAUUUCGGUGCCCCAAAACAGUGGUAUUCGAUACCGCAAGAGGAUAGGUUCAAAUUCUACAAAUUCAUGCAGGAGCAAUUUCCCGAAGAAGCCAAAAAUUGUCCUGAAUUUUUAAGACAUAAAAUGUUUUUGGCUUCGCCCAAACUGCUGCAGGAAAAUGGCAUACGAUGCAAUGAAAUUGUCCACCAUGAAGGCGAAUUCAUGAUCACUUAUCCCUAUGGUUACCAUGCAGGGUUCAAUUAUGGAUAUAACUUGGCAGAAUCCGUCAACUUUGCUUUGGAGGAGUGGCUACCGAUUGGGAAGAAAGCUGGAAAAUGCCACUGCAUUUCAGACUCAGUGGAAAUAGAUGUUAAGAAACUCGCUAAAUCUUGGAGGGACAAUAAUAAAGAGUCGAAAGGAACGCCACCCCUCAAUCAAUUACCCAAUCCUGCCAUGCCCUUACUUCACAGGCCAACUUUAAAAGAAAUGGAAAGCAGCUCGCUUAGAUCUACAAGCCCAGAUGUGGGUCAUUUUUCAAACUUUAAAUCCAAGAGCUCUGGUGUUUCUUCUCCCUUAUUAUCACGUAUGAAAGAUUAUUCCAACAUUGUCGAGCCCACACUAGAAGAUCCAACUUUGAAAUUAAAAAGAAUCUCUUCUUUUCAAGAACAGCCCUUAAACAAACUUUUGAAAAGAGAAACUUCGCAAACGGCGAUGCUCACAGAUCACGAAGACAACAUAGUGGCCAUGAGCCUUACUUCAAUGGCAAACAGUGCGGCGUCUUCUCCGAGGUUGCCACUGUCAAGAUUGAAUUCAUCUAAUGAACUCUCAAAUGCCCAACCAUUGCUUGACAUGACAAACAAUACUCUUGCCUUCCCGCGACCUAAUGGACCAUCUGGAUUGAACCCUUUAUUAUAUAUCUCUAACAAGAAUAUUAGCGGGAUAUCUCACUCGGCUCCACAUUCUCCAGUGAAUCCAAAUAUAUCGCUGAUAAAACGAGUUAAGUCUCCCAACAUUGUAACAUUAAAUAUAUCCAGGGAAUCGUCAAGAAGCCCUAUAGCUCUGAAUUACGAGGCAAGACAACAACAUUCGCAACAACAUUCAUUCUCCACACCAUCAACCGUGUCAAAUCUCUCUACUUCUGUGCUCGGGCCACUGAGUGACACAAACGACAUAAAAACACCGCACCCUGAAAGACCAAAUCACAAGACAGCAAAUAGAAUACUCAAAAAGGAAUCUCCUGUCGAGACAUCAAAAUCAAAUCUUAUACUUUCAAAGGUUGCAUCCACUCGCCAAGAGGAUUCUUUUACAAGCCGAAAUGACGAUCUGGACAAAGAACAAGGCUCUUCUCCAUUAAACUCUAAGUUUGCGCCCGAAGAAAUCGUGUUAUCAGGUAAGAACAAGAUUUAUAUUUGUAAGGAAUGCCAAAGAAAGUUCUCUUCUGGUCACCAUCUUACAAGACACAAAAAAUCCGUCCACUCUGGUGAGAAACCUCAUUCUUGUCCCAAAUGUGGCAAAAGAUUUAAAAGGAGAGAUCACGUUCUGCAGCACUUGAAUAAGAAAAUACCGUGUAUUUCAAACGAAACAACAGUAGAUGCUCCAAUAAUGAACCCUACAGUGCAACCGCAGGACGGGAAAGCGGCCAUUAAUCAACAGAGUACACCUUUAAACUGA